AGAGCAAACGAGAAGGACGUAGUGCUUGGAAUAAAAAUUGAAGGAUAAAAGUUCUGAAAAUGGGCUCCAUAAGUGUAAUAGGUUUUAUAAUGACCGUGUUGAUUGCCGCUGGUCAUACAGAAAGCGUGGACCAAGAUGUAUUUACUAAACAGAUGUUGCUGUAUAAACUGAACUAUCAAGUGAAACAAAUGGACCAGGAACUUUUUACCAGAUGUCCCGGGUUUUUCACCCACCCUGACCAUUCGUCCAUGGGGAUCAUUGGCCGUAGAGCAGCCUACGGGGACGCCUUCUUAGAUCUGGAGAUUAAGUUGGCCAGUAAGACACUGGAUGAGCUGAAGAAAAAGUACUUGUUGUGUUUAGAGAAUCUGAGCGCUUUUAGGGGAUCCACGACUAAUAAACCGACAACUACGUCAACAAGUACAACUACCUCUACGACUAAACGCACGACAACCAUGAAACCGACUACGACUACUUCUGCAGUUGACAAUGGUGAAUUUGGUUUCAAGGUUCUUCGAGCCAAAAACAUCACAUACAAAAACUAUGAUUUUCUGGUACUGGAGGUGAGAAUUCCGGACGACGGACAGAGCAAGUCAGUAAAUUGGUGCCGCGACUAUCAACUUUUGUGCCAAAGUCUCUCCCGUCGUCCGACCGGGUGUGGGGAAAAAUUUCUAUCAACAUCAAAUUACAAAAAUUGCGCUUCCGACUACAACUCUGACAUGCGCAUUGGAGACGUCCUGAGUUGUAAUCCUUCCUUUAACGUAGCGUCUGCAGCCAACCUGGCGUUCGGUGAUGGCAAAGGCCCAGCAAAGUACAAUUAUAAUGCCUUUGGCUUCCAUGUCUGCAACACUCACACCUGCCAAAAAAGCAUCCAGAAAAGUGACACUGCAUUGAGCUAUAUGCGGGGGUCUUGGAAAGACAACGGGACUGAGACCAUCAUGUAUACACUGUGUCGUUAAACAAUGCCAGGCAUCUACUAAUUGACGUUACAGUCGUACGUUAUGUGUGCGCAGCAUCACAAAUGAUUUGCGGUUUUGUGAAUGACAUCGACCGUCACAAUCUUAUGAAAAGUAAAACAUUCAAAGUCA